AAUUUGACUACCAAGCUAUCGAAUGGAGUAUUAAUCUUGUUGAUGGUUGUUAUUUGAAGUCAGCUUUGAGCCUUAGUUAUAAAGAAUUAUUGAAUAGUAAUCCUGAAUUUGUUGAAGAUAAUGAUCUAAACAAAGGGAGAAAAUGCAUGGAAAAAUCAAAUUUACUUUUAUGA